AUGUCGAGUCUAACGCCCCGUGUCGAUCCCCAGCAACUGGGCCAGCUUUCUUCUCCCGUUUUCCGCAUAAUAGGACAAGUCACAGCGCAGCCUCAACGCGACCAGAUUAUCAUAGCGAGCCCGACCACUGGUGGCGAAAUGGUGAGUCUUACAAACGUGAGAACCUCUACAAGUGUGAAUUACGAGGUGCAAGAAUGGUACGAGUUUGUGUGCCGCAGUAAUGACUCCGGUGACGUUGGAUUCUUGGUACUGGAUUCUGUCAAAUGUGUAUUCCCACCAGGCGAAACGAUAAGUGUAGCCGGAGUGGUGGCACUCCAGCAACUUGCAAGCAAGUUCCCGGAAUUGACUUAG